GUAUCUAAAAGAAUUACUUGAGCAGAAAAUUCCUGCCCAUCGCUCUUAAAGGGGGAUGGAUUGCGAUAAACAACCCUAAUCCUCUGGUUUCACCUCCUACGCCUCCUCAGCUUUGUCCGCCUCUUGUUCUCGGUCUCGCUGCUUCACCCUCUCUCGUCUCUGAGCUGGAUGCUGCUAAAGUCAGCUUCUGAAUGCUCUUUACUCCAGCUGCUUUCAUCCUUUUGGUGGAGAGUUUGUGCAUGGAUUGUUUUUUUAAAAAAAAAACCAGGAAAACCAUUUAAAGGAAUGCAAAGCAGCGAGAAGGACGGACUGAGAAACUGCACGAGGAGAGUGAAACAAAUCUGGAAAAAGUUAAGUUGGAGAGUGAGCUGCAGAGACGAGCAGAAGGAGCUUUAACUUUAACGGCAGAAAAUAUUAACUUCCAGCAGGAUUGCCCAGACGACGUUCGAAUGCAUUUAUCACUGGACACCAUGAACAUAGUGGAUGACAGCUGCCUCUCACCCAGUAAUUUCCAUGAAAUGGGAAAAGGUGGGAGCGCCGCAGUCGGGGGACGUGUCCACAGCAUCGAUGUCAUUCUGGGUUUCAAUAAAGACCACGACCCCUUGUUAAGUCCCUCUGGGGCUCUGGGGCCCCACAAAGUGAACAUCGAUGGGCUCACGGAACACGGGAAGCAGCAGGACAACUCGUCCCGCGUGUCCUACAGCGGACACCUGUCUUCUGUGAGGAACAGCAGCUCCCAGCAGCACCACCAGUACCAAGAAACGGGCUUGUUUGCAAACAAGAAUGAUGAUGAACUCAGCAAUCUGAGGCAGAGUGUGGAGAGUGAUGAAAGCAAGUCCCCUGAGCCAUGCAAGGAUGAUCAACCCAAGAAGAAACACAGACGCAACCGCACCACCUUCACCACCUACCAGUUGCAUGAACUGGAGCGCGCUUUUGAGAAGUCCCAUUACCCGGAUGUGUACAGUCGGGAGGAGCUGGCCAUGAAGGUGAACCUCCCUGAAGUCAGAGUGCAGGUCUGGUUUCAGAACCGUAGAGCUAAAUGGCGUCGGCAGGAGAAGAUGGAUGCAAGCACCAUGAAGCUUCAUGACUCCCCUAUGCUUUCCUUCAAUCGUCCGCCUGUGGGACACUCCAACAUGGGUCCAAUAAGCAAUGCGCUCCCUUUGGACCCCUGGCUGCCUUCUCCCCUCUCCAGUGCUACACCAGUCCACUGUAUUCCAGGCUUCACGGGUCCAGCUCAGGGCCUCCAGCCCAGCUAUCCCAGCCAUGGAUUUCUCAACAACACUCCUCAUGCUCCUCACCCUCACCCUCACCCUCACUCUCAUCCUCAUCCUCAACCACCCACAGGGCAGGGGAUGCAGAGCAUGGCUCCCCUUCCUCCUCCUUACCAAUGUUCAGCAUCCUACCCUGAGAAGUUCCCCAUAGAGGAUGUGUCCCAGCGCAGCUUUAGCAUUGCUGCACUGAGAAUGAAAGCCAAGGAACACAUCCAGUCUAUGGACAAGACCUGGCAACCCAUGUGACAGAAAAAAAAAUCAUAAAAAAAUAAAACAAGUGACAACGCUGGAAAGGAAAUCCUGGAAUGAGAAAGCUGUUACAUCAGCUGUAAGGAAAAGAGAAGUGGAUCCUUGAACUGCAGCUUUUGGGGGGAAUUCAUCAUCUCAAGGACAAAGUAAAACCUGAUCUGAGGUUUGUUAUUUGAAACAAUCAAGUGUUAUCGUUAUCAGUAGUUGGUUUCUGUGUCCUAUAGGUGCUGCCGCAUGAAACGGUGACCACUGCUCCUGUCAUAACCUGCACUCAUAUAGUAAGCAUUUAAAUCCAUGACUUUUAUUAACAACAUUAUUACAAGCAUUCUUCUGUACUGUGCAUGAUCCUUAACUGGUUUUCAGCACAUCACUUGGGUAGUACGGUUGCUGUUACUGAUGUAGUUGAACAUCUUUGUGUGAGGUCACAAUUGGGAGCUAUAAGCAGAGAAGAAUUGCCAUUUUUAAAAACUAAGACUGAAAACAUACCAAAUAAUUUCUAACUUUCUGCUUUAAAUGUAAAAGGAUGUGAGGAAGCGGAGAGGCUGACCAGCGGAGUGAUUAUUUAUUUUUUGAGUGUCAGUUGGGGAAUAAACCUGUUGGCAGCCUGGAGCUGGUGUCAGUGUGUACGUGCAAGGCAACAGAAAGAGCCCUGUGUGAUGCGUCACCCCAAAUAGUUUGGUCUUUGUUUAACAAAAUUGAUCCAAGUGCAUCUUCUUUGUCUGAAGCUGAAGGGGGAGAAACGGUCUCAGGCUGCACUAAAUGGGCCCAUUUUGUUAUGGAAGGCCUUUUUUUUUUCCAGUGAUCAAAUAAGAAACAUGAACUGUAGCUGUGGUCAUUAGUGACUCAGUAUUGGUCUGUUACCAUCUGUUACAAUAUCGAUUGAGUAGUCAAUAAUUUAAAUGUAGAAAGAACUGAAUAAGGAGGAGAUAUUUCAACAGCUCAAGAAACCCCAACUGAUUUUAUACAGGUGGAAAUGUAGUGUGGUUGAUUUUUUAUUUGACUUGACAAUGGAGAAAGAGGGAGGACAAAUCCACCACUUUAAAGUGCAAUCCCAAGUUGUUCUUUAACAAUAUUUUCAAAGGAGUUUCUUUCAUUUCAUGUACUUUGUAAAUGUGGUUGUGGCAUUUAUCCUUAAUAUAAAUUCAAAAAGCAACAAAAAUCACAAAGCUCAUCCUCAUUUCAGUUAGGGAUUUUUUUCUGCACGCCAAUAAAGAACUUCUGGAUUAUCAUUAAAUGUUUCUUUUAGGUCAAACAAAAAUGUGACUUUAGACCAAAGGUUGGAGAUGGUGGACAGAUUUGCACUAGAAGAAUUUUUGGGUUGGCUUUUGAACAAAAUGUGGGAAAAGUCCAUGAUGCUGUCAGCAGUACAUGUCAUAGUCAUGUCUGUCUUAGUGGAAAUGUUUGAUUUCCUGUUGAUUUUGUGUUUGUCUGUUGAAAAUGAAGGAAAAUAAAUCUAGUUUAAUAGA